AUGCUGAUUGUGUGUUUGGACAGUAGUCGCAAUGAUGUGGUUCGGAAUCAGCUGGCAAAGAAUGAGGUGUUGCUGAUUCAACCAUCCGAUAUUUUAAUUGACUUCCUGGAGGUUGCAGUUCACAAUGUCUUGUAUGCAAGGAAUAUUUAUCCAGCAAGUAUAUUUGUAAGAAGAAAGAAGUAUGGCGUUCCAGUUCAAAUGUCAACUCAUCCAUAUUUAAAUGAGUAUAUAACGGAGUGUCUUAAAACCAUAAGAGAUUUGUUAAAGAAGAAUGAAGUGAGAAAAGUAACUGUUGUGUUUUUUGAUGAAGUUCACAGACCAAUUGAGAGAUUUGUGUUUGAUAUUCUUGAUCUCAACAAAACUNGGCUUGUGGAUAUUUUUAUUACAGCAUCCGAUAUUUUAAUUGACUUCCUGGAGGUUGCAGUUCACAAUGUCUUGUAUGCAAGGAAUAUUUAUCCAGCAAGUAUAUUUGUAAGAAGAAAGAAGUAUGGCGUUCCAGUUCAAAUGUCAACUCAUCCAUAUUUAAAUGAGUAUAUAACGGAGUGUCUUAAAACAAUAAGAGAUUUGUUAAAGAAGAAUGAAGUGAGAAAAGUAACUGUUGUGUUUUUUGAUGAAGUUCACAGACCAAUUGAGAGAUUUGUGUUUGAUAUUCUUGAUCUCAACAAAACUCUGAACCAAGAUGAUCCGUUUUUCCUUAAAGGUGAAGAAGCUCUUCGAGGAUUUUGCCUGAAACUUGCAGUAAUUGGAAGUUAUUUGAAACCUCUCCCAGAGAACAGUACUUUUCGAGUGCAAAUACACACUGUAGAGGCUGUGUCAGUUUCCUUAGCAGAGGAUCCUAAAUACCAGGACUUCCCUUGGAUUGAAACUGACAAGCAAGAAACUGAACUAUACAAUCCACACAUUGUACCUAUCAAAACACUGGACACAAGCUUACUCAAACUGCAGAUGUAUGUGGAAGAAAGUAGUGAAAAGUAAGUGAUUAUAACCCAUUGUGUGUUUGAUGGAACAGUUCAACAUGAAAAUGUAUGCUGUAAAUUAUGGAUACAGCUUCCCACCGAAAUGUAUAAGGGCUCUUUUCACUACACCACAGUAAUAUUGAACGUUGUCCAUGGUCUUUAUAUUCACAUAUUAGUAACUAACUUCACGUGACUGGUUGUCAGUAAACUGACAUUUUCUUUUA